AUGCCAAAGGAUCCGAGGAAACCAUUGAAUCAAUCGGCACUACGAGCAUGCAUCAAUUGUCAGAGGAGGAAAACUCGGUGUUUCCGACCAGGGAGUGAAACCGGACCGUGUUCCUACUGCACCAGAAAGGGAAAAACAUGCAGCUUCGAGAGUCCUCCGGAUCGAACUCCAUUGACUAGGAAAAACCUAGACUUGGCUGAACGUCGGUGUACUCAGCUCCGAUCGCUCUUGCACUCGCUAAACCCAGACCUUGACGUCAAAUCUGCUUUGGAACAGCUAGGCUCCGAACAAGACGUUGCAGACUCGCCUACUUUGGACGGAAGUAUAGAGCUCGCUUCUAGUAACUACGAAUGGCAUGAAGGGUCAUUGUCACCGGAUGGAGCGUCGCCAGACGGAGAUAAAGCCAUCACUACUGAUGGGAUGGCUACCCUCUCAACAAAUGAUUCGGGCUACUUGGGACAAGGCAAAGAGGGCGACGCAAAUCUCAUAGAACACUUUACCGACCGGGAAUUCCACCACCUGAGUCUUCAAAUUUGCUACUUCCCCGUUCUGCAUGAGAAAACAUUCCGCGAUAGGGUCACGGCAAGCCAACAACAAACCCCGCCAAGCUCACCCUGGCGGGUCACGUACUACAUGGCCCUUGCCAUUGGUCAUUGGGCAUUGAGCAAUGAAUCGGAACACGUGCAAUCAAAGUUCUAUACGGCGGCACGAUCCAGCCUCUCGUUACAGAUGCUUGAAUCUGGAACAGUGGAGACGGUGCAAGCAUUCUUGCUCAUGGGAAAUUAUCUCCAGAAAAGGGAUCGAACAAACACCGGCUACAACUUCAUUGGUCUUGCGUAUAGGAUGGCGAUUGGGCUGGGUUUGCACCGGGAGCCUACUGGAGUAGAGGAUACCAUUGGGCAUGAGAGGCGGCGGCAACUCUUCUGGACUAUAUACUGCUUUGAGAGUGGAUUCAAUAUCACGACCGGUCGCCCACCUACGAUUGUGGAUGGCUUCAUUGAUAUUCGACUUCCACGUAACGUUGAUGACAAGGUCCCGUCGGAGGUUGACUAUCCAACAACAUACUCUGCAAUCAUCGCCCAGGCCCAGCUAGCCAAGCUUGCUGAUUCCACUUAUCAUGAGUACCUUCUGGCCAAGACUGCUGGGUCUCGAAUUGAGUACAGACUGGCUGAGUCGAUGGAGCGCGAUCUUUUCCGCUGGUACAAGAGCUUGCCAAGCUAUUUCACUUCAAUGGACGUUCCCUCUUGGUUUCGCGGGCCACGGGCUGUUAUCUUGUGGAAGGAACAAAAUUUACGAAUCCUACUCUGGCGUGGUAGUCAAAGACACCACAGCUUCCUCCCAACGAAGGUUAAUGCUGACGUGAGGUGCUUAAACGUCGCCAUGGAUAGCAUCCACAACAUUGCUACCUUCUGCACGAUUCAUGAAAGCAAUUUGCAUCAAAGUCUAGCAUGGUACGCCACGUACUUUUUGCUGCAGGCCACAUUAGUCCUUACGGCUGGUCUUCUUGACAAAAACUCUCAAAUCCAGCCAGAGUCAUCGGAGCUGCACCACUCAGUCUUUCAAUCACGAAAUUGUCUUCGAAUGCUAGCUAUUAAGAAUAAGUCCGCAGCUCGUUACAUGGAAAUGCUCGAUCGUAUUUGCAGUCAAAUCCAGUCUCCAGUACCGGAUUUGGAGAUGAAUCAAUAUUCAUACGACCUUUCGAACGGGGCAGGCUUUGAUGCCUCACGGAUUGAUGUGCCCAAUCAUACGCAAAGCUUUGCUGAACUGCCGAGUGAAAAUGAUUUCAUGAUCCCUGGGGAAAAUCAAUUCGCUUUCAACGAUGAUACCACGGACCCAAAUCUGCGCAUGCUUAUUAACCAAGUUUCUCAGGAUUUCACGGGGAGCAUGCCCCUUGAUCUGCUUUUUAAUGAUUGGAUGAACUACUCCGCUUAA